CUUAAGACUAACCCUACAACAAGCUGAGGAAUUAUUGUCUGAACUUCAAAAAACUUUAUUAUGCACCUAUAAUGAAAACUAGACUAUUGCAAUGAUUGUUCCAAGGUUGCAUGAAUUAUGUGUCGGCUGCCGAAUUCCAGAUAUCGUGCAUCCCCAGUAAGUGGGCUGUCUGUUUUUAUGCAACGACAGUUGUUUUGAUUUUCUACAUUUUGAUAACCUUACACAUUUAUCACCAAUAUCAUGAUAAUUAUCUCAAUACGAUUUUCACUCCAGACUUAUAUCAACAAAUAAAUAGUCGUAAUCAUGGUUACAAUUUACUAAUCCCACACCCAUCCUCUAGCAUUUUAUUUAUCAUAGCCCAUCCAGAUGACGAGGUUCUUUUUUUCGCUCCCACUCUUCGCUAUUUAAAAAACACUUAUGAACAUCUCAAAAAAAUGCCCCUCUUUAAUCAAACUUUUUUUCAAUUUCAGGGCUACGACAACUAUAAUAUUUAUAUAUUAUGCUUGACAUCUGGAGAUUAUUAUGGGCUGGGUGAAAUCCGAAAACAAGAAUUGAUUGCCAGUUGUCAAACCUUAGGUAUUCCUUCUUCUCGCAUCGUUAUCCUAAAUUUCGCGGAUGAUCCAAAUGUGAGAUACGAUUCAUGGCAUCUAUAUAAUACUCUACAAAACUACACCGAUCAGUUUUUUACUAAUAAUUUUCAUCAACGACAAAUAAACGAAACUUAUUCGCAAUACAUUUUUACGUUCGAUAACUAUGGAGUGAGUGGUCAUUUAAAUCAUAAAUCGAUAUUCUCAGGUUUGCGUCAUUUUACCGAACCCCACAACUUUUACAAUAAAUCUCGAAUGCUUUUCGAGAUCUAUACGUUACAAUCGAUCAAUAUAAUUCGUAAAUAUUUGUCAAUAUUCGACCUUCCGAUCUCGUAUUAUAGCUCAAGGGAUUCAAAAAAUUUAAUAAUCAUAUCUGAUCUCGAACAAUACACUUUGUCGGUCCGUUCCUUUUUAAAUCAUGUGACUCAAUUGCGGUGGUUUCGAUAUCUGUACAUAGUCUUUUCUCGAUAUAUGUGUAUUAAUAUUUGGAGCAAUUAUAAUACGUCGAUUAAUCAUCGGCACAAACAUAAACAAUUUCUUUUUUUUAAUUAUACAUACGAGUCAAAUGUAGAAUUAUAACAAUAUCUAGUAAAAAAAUGAAAUGUGAUAAAAUUAACAUUUACAAGUUAUUGGUAUGAGAUCUUAAUGCCUUUCACUAAGUUGCAUUAUUCAAAAUAAAUACCAGUUUUAUGAAAAAUAACUGAGUCAUCGGCAUGAUAUAGAGGGUCAUGCGAAGGUUAAACGGUCUGGGAUGACAAUGAAUUCAGCCACCCCCUCCCCCUCCAAAGAAUUAUAGUAAUUUACCUAAGCUUAAAAACAUUAUAAAAUAACUAACUUUCUCAUUUUUAAAAUGGGUCUCAUAAAUAACCCAAAUUUUUUUCUGAGGAGAAAGAGGGAUUCUUUGUUAAAACGGAAUUUGCAAUUCUAAAAACUUGUUUAAUACUAGCUGAAGAUGGAAUUGCCGCAUUGUUAAAUUUAA